AUGAUGCGAAACAUGGGCUUCGGGAGCCAGGGCCAAGCGAGCUCCCAGGACUGCUCCAUACACGUCUGCACGAUCUGCCGUGCUCCGAUCAAGCUGUCCUACUUCGUGUUGUUCUUCUUCAUGUACGACUUGAUCAACAUUGGCCGGAGGGGCGGCACAGACAUCCAACUCCUCUGGAGUGUACUCCGUGCUUUUGCAAACGAGUGCGUGCUGCUGCUCACAAUUCUGUGCCAUGAGUUUGGGCACGGCAAUAUGGCGAGAUAUCUGGGUGGCGAGAUUAGCCACAUCUUACUUUGGGUCUUCGGUGGAAUUUGUUUCCACACGCGACCACGCAACGACUCAGCGGACAACACGAUUCUCCUGAAAAACGACUUGAUGGUGGUUGCCGCAGGCCCCUCCACGCACUUCGUCCAAGCGCCUCUUUGGGGCCUGGUACUCUGGCUCCUCUACAUUUGGAUCGAAGCACAGGGCGGCUCGACGGGCUAUCCCUCCGCUUGGGCUGCCUUCACCGACUCUCUGAAUCCGCUUGGAGGUGGCGCAUCCUGGUUCUUGGUAGACAUCACCAUCAACCAGUGGAUGGGAUUGCUGUGGAGUGUCGUCGCAAGUGCCAUCUCCCUCAACGUCGCUCUGUUCCUCUUCAAUGUCUUCUUUCCCAUGUACCCCGCCGACGGCGCGAAACUUCUGGUGACGAGCCUCAUGUUCUUCUGCGGCGUCCCCGCGCGGAAGGCAGCCAUGGUCCUGAUCUGCACCUCCGUUCCCUGCGCCCUCGCCAUGAUCGGCUACACCGUCUACGCUCUCUUUGAAGCGGGCGUGCGUGGGCUCAUGGGUAGCUUGAUGGGCUGGAUGGGAGUGAUGAGUCUGAUGGAGGCUCGGAACAUCUACAAGCUGCGCAAGGCGCGCCAGCUCCACACCCACCCGCUCUUCGAGGUCGCCAAGUCCUGGCGGCGCGCGGAGCGCGAUGCCUUCGGUGUGGUUCAUCGGAUUAACCAUUCCGACUUUGAUGACGAGGCACCUCUGACAAGCGGUGGUUGGAGGAACUUCUGCAGCUUGUUUCGACGCUCGGAGCCCACCGAGCAACGGCUGAUCGAGCCAAGUUCACGCAGCAGAUGUAUUUGCUGUCCUUGCUUCGACUUCGUCGGCUCACGCAGCACCGUCGAGGAGAUCGUGCCACCCCAAGCCACGGCAACGGGACAGCAGGCGGCUUUACGGGCGCAGCGCGACCAGUUUGUGCAGAGGAUGGAGCAGCAACGCAUGGAUCAGGCGCGAAGUGUGCGGGAUCUCACGACGGAAGAGCGCAGUCCGUCGUCAAGGAUCUGA